CGGUUCGACUCUGAGCAAACCGGCAUCAGAACGAUCCCAUUUCGCAGAAAAUUUGGAAACCUGGAAUGAAUUUAGUCUCCAGAAUCCAGAAGAAUUGGGGAGUUUCAUCGAAGGCGAUCUGAUAAUAAUCAACAAUAAUUUGGCAAAAAAUGGAAUCAUGAAUUUAUCAAAGAGAUGGGAAAAUGGAAUUAUACCAUUCGAAAUAAAAGGAUGGUAUAAGAAGAACGAACUCGCUCUUAUUUACAAAGCUAUAGAUUAUUAUCAUAAUUUUACUUGUAUAAGGUUCAGGCCUCGAUCUUCGGGAGACGAUAGUUACAUAUCAAUAACGAGCGGACAAAGUGGAUGCUGGUCAUCUGUAGGAAAUCAAGGAAAAAAACAAAUAGUAAAUCUUCAAAGUCCCCAAUGCGUGACAAAAAUUGGUACAAUUUUACAUGAAUUAAUGCACGUCAUUGGAUUUGUACACGAACAGAGCAGACACGAAAGGGACGAUUACGUUACAAUAAAUUGGAAUAAUAUCAAAUCCUCAUCGAAAGAUAAUUUUAAAAAAUCGCCGGAAUCGUACGAAAGCGGUUUUGAUGUUCCCUACGAUUAUGAAUCUGUUAUGCACUAUUCAAGAUUCGCAUUCUCUGCCAACGGUCAACCAACUAUCAUUCCAAAAGUAAGUUAUCACUACAUUUUACACAUGCUUAUAUAAUUAAUUGCUUAGCAAUUCUAUUUAUACAUAUGUACGUAUAU